AUAACCCCAUUCCUAAUUACUCCCUUCUCCAAACCCAAACCUGCUUCCUCAAUCAAUCGCUUCAUUCUUUUUCUCUACUGUUUCUCUCUCUCUCUCUCAAUUCUCAAAGCUAGCUCUAGAAGAAGAAGACGACGAACGCGAAUUCCUCAGAGAAUUCAUAUUUCAGAAUCAUCAAAAGCUUCUUCAAAUUAUCUGAUAUAUCAUCAUCAUCAUGGAAGGAGAGAGAGGCAGUGUUCCGAAUUAUGAACUUCAGGUUUCGUUCACAAACCCUCAUCAUCAAGCGACCAUCCACGAAAUGGGUUUUGUUCAAUUCGAAGAGAAUCAAGUGCUCAGCUUCUUGGCUCCUUCUUCUGCCCAAUCUCAAUCUUCUUCUUGUGGCGGAAGCAGCACCGCCGCCGCACCGGCGGCAGCUGGCGGCAGCGGCGCAGUCGCAACUUCCGUCGGGUUUAGCCAUAAUGACCUUGUUACUUCCAGAACUCCAUGGAACAACAACGACCAGGUGGGAAAUCUGGAUCCCAAGGCUGUGAAUGAUGAAAACUGCACUGGAAAUGCUAGUGACGGCAACAAUACAUGGUGGAGGAAUGCAGCAGCAUCAGAGAAAAGCAAAGUGAAGGUGAGGAGGAAGCUGAGGGAGCCAAGGUUUUGUUUCCAAACAAGAAGCGAUGUGGAUGUGCUUGAUGAUGGCUACAAAUGGAGGAAGUAUGGCCAGAAAGUUGUCAAAAAUAGCCUUCAUCCAAGAAGCUACUACCGUUGCACCCAUAGCAAUUGCAGAGUGAAAAAGAGGGUUGAACGACUGUCAGAGGACUGUCGUAUGGUGAUAACCACUUAUGAAGGAAGGCACAACCACUCUCCUUGCGAUGACUCGAAUUCAUCCGAACAUGAAUGCUUCACCUCUUUCUAAUAAUUAAUAGGUAAGCCAAUUAGAGAGCAACCAAAAAAAAAAAAGGGAAGAAAACUAAGGAGGAGGAAGAAGAAGAAGAAAACAAAACGAAUUGUCGUUUCAUUAUUUGACAGCAUGGUAUUAGUUUAAUCGUGACAAUCAUUUACUCAUAGGCCAUAUUUGAGGGAUUGCCAUGUACUUUUAUAUUACCGAUCGAGUGCAGUCUUCCUUAAAGGUGUACUCUUAUAUAUGUUAUUUGUUAGAAAGGGACUCUCUGCAUAUGUAUAUGUGUUAAUAUAUAACACGUUUUAGCUAUAUUCUUACUGUGAUGUAUGUGCAUGCAAAUUGAACAUUCUUUGACCUGAUCAUCUGGUUGGU